UGCAUUGAUGUAGGUGGAGGGAGGGCAAUACCCUUCGAGAAGAGAAGAGAAGAGAAGAGGAGACGCGGUUUGCAGGCAGCGUGGCGGGCGGCGCAGAGGAUCCAGAUCUUGAAUUCAAAAGCAGUGGGAAAGCAAGCCGUUUCCGCGUUGAAACAGAUUGAUGAUUUCCUCGCCUCUUUCUCUCUCCAUCUCGACCCCUCUUGACUUUCCAUUCCUCCCCCAUCUCUCUCUCUCUCAUCUUCCCCCACUUUGCUCCGCUUUCCCGUCCACCGCCCCACCGCCACCACCGGCCAUGGAUCCCUUCCACCACCUCAACACCGCCUUCUCCAACCCCUACCACCCGCUCCUCUCCUCCUCCCCUCCCCACCCCUACCACCCUCCGCCCCCUCUCCCGCCUCCGCCCGCCGCCGACCCGCCCGAGCGGGAGCGCCUGCCGCAGUGGUCGCACGCCGAGACGGCCGCCUUCCUCGCCAUCCGCGCCGACCUUGACCACUCCUUCCUCUCCACCAAGCGCAACAAGGCCCUCUGGGAGGCCGUCUCCGCGCGCCUCAACGCGCAGGGCGGAUUCGCGCGCACCCCCGACCAGUGCAAGUCCAAGUGGAAGAACCUCGUCACCAGGUUCAAGGGCACGGCCAGCGACGCGCAGCCGGAGGGCGGGGACCAUCCCGCCGGCGCGGCGGCGAGGGGCAGCUUCCCGUUCCACGACGAGAUGAGGAGGAUCUUCGACGCCAGGGUCGAGAGGGCGCGCGCAUUGGAGGCCAAGAAGGCCAAGGGGAAGGACGCCGCCGCGCGGCGCGAUCCGGACGACGAUGGCGGCGGCGAGGGCGACGAGGGCGAGGACGACGAGGAGGAGGCGGAGAUGGUCGACGAGGAGGAGGGCAGGGCCGAUGCGGAGGCGCGGGGCGCGGGGAGGAAGCGGAGAAGGAAGGCGGCGCCGGCGAGGACCGCGUCAGCGGGAGGAGGGGUCGAGAUAGGCGAGGUCGAGGCGGUGCUGCGGGAGUUCAUGCGGCGGCAGAUGGAGAUGGAGGAGCGGUGGAUGGAGGCCGCGGAGGCGCGCGACGCCGAGCGCCGGGCGCGCGAGGAGGAGUGGCGCGCCGCCAUGGUCGCGCUCGGCGAGGAGCGGCUCGCGCUCGUGCGCCGCUGGCGCGAGCGCGAGGACGCGUGGAGGGCGCGCGCCGAGGAGCGCGAGGAGCGCCGGCACCAGCUCGUCGCCGCCCUGCUGGCCAAGCUCGGCGGCGACACGUCGUCCUAAUCCAUCCCACCAAUCCAUGCCACACACCAUGCCCUGGACGAUGAUCCAUCAAUCCAUCCAUCCAUCGCCGCAAAGCGCGCGCCGGGCGGCCGGAUAAGCACUUUUAGACCAGUUGUAGCAGCGACAGAUCAAAUCCAUGAUCGAUCUUGCAUGCCUAGCUUGUGCCUUUGUUAGGGUUUCUUUAGACAGUGAGAGGUCAGGAAAGGCGGCGCGUUGGUGUGUUGAAAAGGGUUUUGCAAACAUCUUUCCUUUGUUAGUCUAGCCAUGACCUGCAACUGUAAACUCACUCACUCACUGGUCUUAUCAGCUUCAGAAGCUAGCUAUAACAUGCAGCUUUCCAAAUGCAUGGAUGCAUGCAUGACUUUGCAUGAUCAA